CUAAAUUCUAUGAUUUUCUAGUCGGUUAGUUCGUGAUAGGGGGUUAUUGGAAAAUUUUUUCAUAAGAAAGUUUAUCUCUGUAAGAAAUACAAGAUCAAAUUACCUUUUGUCUAAAUAAAGGAUUUAAUUUUAACAAGUGUUCCUCUACCGAACUAAUACCUAUUCACUUUGAGAAUAAAGACCAAUCUCUGUGUAGUGUGAUAUUUUUUCUACAGCUAUAAAAAAUGGCAAAAGUUCAACUGUGUAACAUAACUGUGAUGGACAACCCAAGCCCUUUUUUAAAUCCUUUUCAAUUUGAAAUUACCUUUGAAUGCAUAGAAGAACUCAAAGAAGACUUAGAAUGGAAAAUGAUAUAUGUCGGAUCUGCAGAAAGUGAGGAAUAUGAUCAAAUAUUAGAUUCAGUUUAUGUGGGCCCUAUUCCAGAGGGUAAACAUAUGUUUGUAUUUCAGGCUGACCCGCCAAAUGUUUCUAGAAUUCCAGAAAAUGAUGCUCUAGGUGUAACAGUAGUAUUACUCACCUGUUCAUAUAAAUCCCAAGAAUUCAUCAGAGUAGGCUAUUUCAUCAAUAACGAAUAUACAGAUCCUGAACUAAGAGAAAAUGCUCCAAGUCCCCCUCAGUUUGAUAAGGUAACUAGAAAUAUUCUUGCUUCUGAACCUAGAGUUACACGGUUUAAAGUGAAUUGGGAAGAUUCUACGCCAGAACAAGCACAAGCAACAGACUCUGCAAUGUCAGAUGUAAGAUGUUCUUCACCUGAACCAGAGAUAAUAUCCCAGUCUGAUACUCCAUCAUUCAAUGAAAAUUCAAAUUCAUGGGCAACUAUGGAAUGUUCAUAAAUUAAAUGAAAAAUGAGCUCUUAAUUUAAUUAUAUUAUUCAUUUUGAAAUUCGGUGUACAUAAAUCUAGUAGUUUAAUAUAUUUUUGCAUUUUUCUAUAAAUAUAAAUUACAUUUUACAUAUUUCCCAUAUUACAAAAUUAUAAAUUCUACAUGUUUCCAUUGGACUUGAUAGUCUUUCAUUUUAUAUUGAACCUAUUUCAUAAUAACAAAGUAGUUGCCAUAUUACUAAAUUUUUCAGUUAUAAUUAAAUUAUAAAUCUUA